AUGACUCGCGGCGAGAUUCUUCAUCUCCACAUCGGCCAGGCUGGUACACAGCUGGGAAACAGCGCUUGGGAGCUGUAUCUGCUUGAGCAUGGUCUCCAGCGGGACGGACGCCCUGACCCAGAGGCAAAGGAACUGCACGACUCCGGCGAGCUCGACACAGUCUUCACAGAGACCGGCAGCGGCAAAUAUGUCCCUCGUUCUAUCUUCGUCGACUUGGACCCUUCUCCUAUCGACGAGAUCCGCACUGGUGAUUACCGCCAGCUCUUCCACCCCGAGCUAUUGAUUAGCGGUAAGGAGGAUGCUGCCAACAACUAUGCCCGCGGCCACUACACAAUUGGCAAGGAGAUCUUGGAUGGCACCUUGGAUAAGAUUCGUCGUGUUCUGGACAACUGCUCUUCUCUUCAGGGUUUCUUGAUCUUCCACUCCUUCGGUGGCGGAACUGGAUCUGGCUUCGGCUCUCUCCUGCUCGAACGUCUUUCCAUGGACUAUGGCAAGAAGUCCAAGCUCGAAUUCGCCGUGUACCCUGCUCCCCGUGUCUCCACUGCCGUUGUCGAGCCCUACAACGCCGUUUUGAGCACACACAGCACCAUCGAGAACAGCGACUGCACAUUCCUCGUCGAUAACGAAGCUGUCUACGACAUCUGCCGCCGCAACCUUGAUAUCCCUCGUCCCUCAUUCGAGCACUUGAACCGCUUGAUCGCUCAAGUCGUCAGCUCUAUCACCUCUUCGCUCCGUUUCGAUGGCGCCUUGAAUGUCGAUCUGAAUGAAUUCCAGACCAACUUGGUGCCAUAUCCCAGAAUUCAUUAUCCUUUGAUCAGUUACGCGCCUGUUAUCUCGGCGGCUAAGAGCUCUCAUGAAAGCUUCAAGACUCUUGACUUGACUCUUCAGUGCUUUGAACCCAACAACCAAAUGGUGGUCUGCGAUCCCCGCAACGGCAAAUACAUGGCGGUCGCCCUCCUCUACCGUGGUGAUGUUGUUCCCCGUGACUGCAACGCCGCCGUUGCCUCCCUGAAAGCCAAGACCUCAUUCAACCUCGUUGAAUGGUGCCCUACUGGCUUCAAACUCGGUAUCAACUACCAGAAGCCCGUGUCCGUUCCCUCCACCUCCCCUAAUGAUGGAGCCUUGGCUUCCGUCAGCCGAAGCGUCUCCAUGUUGAGCAACACCACCGCCAUCGCCGAGGCCUGGUCGAGACUGGACCACAAGUUCGAUCUCAUGUACUCGAAGCGUGCGUUCGUCCAUUGGUACGUGGGUGAGGGUAUGGAGGAAGGCGAGUUCUCCGAAGCCCGAGAAGAUCUCGCGGCGCUUGAGAAGGAUUACGAGGAGGUUGCUGCUGAUAGCUUCGACCCUGAGGAGGGACUCGAGGCCGAGUACUAA